AGCUUUGCGACUGAUUGUGUUCCUUAACUAGGGUUCUCUUGUUUCCCUUCCUUACUUUCUCCCUUCUCUUCAAUGGCGACCGCAGGAACAAUGCAGCAGAGCAGUGCAUCAGGGAAACCGGGGCUCAGAAAGCCAGUGUUCAUCAAAGUGGACCAGCUCAAGCCCGGCACCAAUGGCCACACCUUGAUUGUCAAGGUGAUUUCUUCAGACAUGGUCUUGCAGAAGGGUCGAUCGGUGUCUCAUCACCUCCGCCAGACCCGCAUCGCUGAGUGCCUUGUUGGGGACCAGACGGGUACCAUUGUUUUCACAGCGCGCAAUGAACAAGUUGAUUUGAUGAAGCCUGGUACAACAGUUAUUCUUCGCAAUGCAAAAAUCGACAUGUUUAAAGGAUCUAUGAGGCUAGCUGUUGACAAAUGGGGCCGUGUUGAGGCCACAGACCCUGCAAAUUUCAUAGUAAAGGAGGAUAACAAUCUCUCUCUAGUUGAAUAUGAGCUGGUGAACGUGGUUGAGGAAUGACUGGGAUUCUUACCUGCCUUAUAUAAGCUUUUAAAGUAAAAAAGAGCAGCUACAGCCUUUUCCGGAGUAUCAAUAGGUGGUUUCUUUAUUUUAAGCAUGGUAUAUGUAGACUGGGUGUAGAAUCAGAACAACUGCUGUUCAUGUCUUUCUUCUUGACUCCCUUGACGUAGGGUUUUUUAGGGUAUCUGCAGGACAAACUUGGAUCCUUGGCCAUGGAGAAGUUGGAAAAUGUAAAGACGUUGUUAAUGAUAUAAGUUUCUAGUUUGAACUUCACCUUCUGUGAUGGAUUUGAAUUUAUGAAAUAUAUAUUCGAUAUUGGG